UAUAUGCUCAUGACGCUGCAAGCCAACGAAGCGCCGUGUAGAGAUAACAUAUUGGCAGCAUCGUUUUCUUGGCUUAUCCUUGCUGGAUACGUUGUGUUUCCGGGCACUUUCACGUCUAUGGGGAGAUCCACCAGUCUAGAUGGCAGCAAGGGUGGCAAAGUGGUCAAAGAUGCCAUAAGGAAUGUUCCGCUUGCGCCAUUUGCCAUCUUCUGCUACGUCAUUGGCAUGUAUGGAACCUUUCAAUUUUGGAGAGCGUGGCGAAAGAAACUAUGUUUGGCUUCUUUCCCACGUAUUUCUCCCUGGUCUUCUCAAUUCUAUGGCAGGCUGGAUAAACAUCCUUGUUAGCAUUUACACUUCUCACGAGGGAUACUGGUCAGCUCAAGCAAUUCUUGCUCUCGUUUCUAUCAGCAUCUACAUGACUAGUAUGCUUUCAAUGACAAUACUGUGCAAUUGGCGUCUGGAAAAAAUCAAGACGCCUCACGAUACAGAGUUAGCGAGGCGAGACCGGGAGCAC